AUGGCGGUUUUUACUCACAUCAAUCGUGUGGUCACACUGCUUUUCCUGGCAGGUGCCACUCUGUUGCUCAUCUUAAUCCUGCUGUCGGGGGCAAUCACGGAAUUCCCAAUUGACCGGUUCUACUGGCUCGAGGCGGAGACUUCGGACAUCUCUGGGGCGCCCACUGGUCUCGCACGCUGGACCUUCUGGGGGCUGUGCACCAAGGACUCCUCCGGCAACUUGCAGUGCCCCAACUUGGCACCAGCGUAUCCUAUCUCGCCGCGCGACAACUUCAGCUCUGCGCCCUCCAGCGAGCUGCCCUCUGACUUUGUGGACUCCCGUGCCACUUACUACUACUUGACACGGUUCGCGUUUUGUUUCUUCUGGAUCGCGCUGGCGUUUGUCGGCGUGGCCCUAUUGCUGUACGCAUUGUCGUGGUGCUCCUACGCUUUUACCAAGGUUAUUUUCCUACUGGCCAUUGGUGGUGCCUUGUUCGAUGCGGCCGCUGUGAGUUGCCAAACUGCGGCCUCGGUGAUGGCACGCAACGCCUUCCGCAAUGACAACCGUAGCGCCAACAUCAGCGCUACUCUGUUCGGUAUCGCUUGGGCCAGCGUUGCGUGUACUCUGUACAUCUUCUUCGCUACCGGCGCCUCUUUCUUGCGCCGCGCCUACCAAUCCCACAAGGAAUUUGUGGAGAUGCAAAAGUACAAAGAACAGGCCUUGAUGUACCAAGGCAAACAAGAAGCUCUACAACCAGAUGUUGAGUCUUACCCUAUCCGUGACGACACUCAGCCAGGCUCUGGAAUGCCAGAAACGCAACCAGAAGCGCACCACAGCGGAAUCAAAUUCUUCAAGAUCCGCAGAAGCCAACAGCCUGGCGAUCAGGAAAGCGUUUGA